AUGUCCUUCUUCGGCGCGCGCCCCGCCGCCUCUCUCGAACCCAAAGACAUCGAAGUCCCCAACCUCCCUACAGACUCGACUUCCUCCCUGUCCUUCUCACCGACAGCCGAUAUCCUCGCCGUCGCGAGUUGGAGUAACGAGGUUAGGUUGUAUGAGGUCAAUAGUCAGGGACAGGCGGUGGGGAAGGCGGCGUAUAGCCAUGAGGGACCGGUGCUGGGAGUGCAGUGGUCAAAGGACGGGACAAAGUGUAUUUCGGGAGGCGCAGACAAGGCCGCACGGAUGUUUGACCUGCAGACAGGCCAGACGCAGCAGAUCGCACAACACGACGAGCCGAUCCGAUGCGUCAAGUACUUCGAGGCGAACGGGCAGGGGAUGUUGGUGACUGGCUCGUGGGACAAGACGCUCAAAUACUGGGACCUGCGAACACCCAAUCCCGUCGCGACCGUCCAGCUGCCCGAGCGGUGUUACACCCUCGACGUCGUCUACCCUCUCAUGGUCGUCGGCACCGCCGAGCGACAAAUACAGAUCUUCAACCUCAACCAGCCGACUCAGGCGUUCAAGACUAUCACCAGUCCGCUGCGAUGGCAGACCCGGGUCAUCUCGUGCUUCCCGGAUGCGACGGGGUAUGCGGUCGGGACAAUCGAGGGUCGAGUGGCUAUCCAGCACGUCGAUGACAAAGCCGCCGCCAACAACUUCACCUUCAAGUGCCACCGAAAAGACGAGCCGGCGCCAUCAAAGUCGUCGUCCGUCUACGCGGUCAACGACAUCCAGUUCCACCCUUACGGGACGUUCGCGACGGCUGGAAGCGACGGGACUAUCAACUUCUGGGACAAGGAGAGCAAGACGAGGCUCAAGACUUUCGAAAACAAGGGCGGACCCAUCGCCUCGACUUCGUUCAACCACACAGGUCGCAUCUUCGCCUACGCCGUCACGAACGACUGGUCUGGCGGACACAUGAGCAACAAGCCUGAUUUCGUCAACAAGGUGUUUUUGCACCCGUGCAAGGAUGAGGAGGUCAAGAAGCGCAACAAGAAGUGA